GAAAAAUCAAAAAUCAAAGAUUGGCAUUUGUUUCUACGGGGCAUUGCAAUAUAACUGAAGACAAAACGGGUGACGAAGACAAGAAGAUGGUUUCUCUGCCCAGUGCAGAGUCUGGCACAAUGGACAGAAUCUCAGAUGAUGAUGAUGAAGAGCCAAGUAGUGGAUCUGAAACAUAUGAGGAAGGUGAUCUAAUGACUGCUGCCAUGGAUGAUGAUGUGACGGCCCAGCUCGCCGCUGCAGGUUGGCAAAUCAAACACGCUAAUGGCCCUGUUGGCGUAGCUGCAGCUGCUGCCAUUGUCUCAGCAAAAAAGAGGAAACGACCUCAUAGUUUUGAAACAAAUCCUAGCAUUAGAAAGAGACAGCAAAACAGACUUUUAAGAAAACUCAGACAAACUAUAGAUGAGUUUGCAACACGAGUUGGACAACAAGCAGUAGUAUUAGUAGCUACUCCAGGAAAGCCAAACAGUAGUUAUAAAGUAUUUGGAGCAAAACCAUUAGAAGAUGUAGUAAAAAAUUUAAGAAAUGUUAUAAUGGAAGAACUUGAAAGUGCGCUUGCACAACAAGCUCCACCACCAGUACAAGACGAUCCAUCUUUAUAUGAAUUACCACCUCUUAUAAUAGAUGGCAUACCAACACCUGUGGAAAAAAUGACACAAGCUCAACUUAGAGCAUUCAUCCCAUUAAUGUUAAAGUAUUCUACAGGCAGAGGUAAACCCGGUUGGGGAAGAGAUAGUACACGACCUCCAUGGUGGCCAAAAGAACUUCCUUGGGCAAAUGUACGCAUGGAUGCAAGAUCUGAAGAUGAAAAACAAAAGAUUUCUUGGACACAUGCAUUAAGACAAAUUGUAAUAAACUGUUAUAAAUUUCAUGGAAGAGAAGAUCUUCUACCUGCAUUCAGUGAAGAAGAUGAUAAAUCAAAUGUACUGAUACAACAAUCAACUCCUCAUUCCUCAUCGCAUCCAUCGCAUUCAUCCAGUCAAGGACAAGGUGGACAAUCGCAACAGCAACAGCAGACGGUGGGAGUUGUUCGCCUCAGCAGCACGGAUUCAUCUAAGGGAAACUCUUCGCCAGCACAAAUCAUUGCCGCGUCUCCUACAGCUCUUGCCACUGCCACUCAGAUGACGGCCCAAUAUCCUACGGCAGUUUUACAAACAAUAACAAAUCCUGAUGGUACCGUAUCAAUUAUUCAAGUUGAUCCUAGUAACCCAAUAAUUACGUUACCAGAUGGUACAACAGCACAAGUUCAAGGUGUUGCUACCAUUCAUACAAGUCAAGGGGAAGUUCAAGCACUUGCUGAAGUAGCAGGCAGUGCGGAAGGUACUAGCGUUGCUGUCGACUUAAACAGUGUCACAGAAGCAACAUUAGGUCAAGAUGGUCAAAUCAUUCUCACAGGAGAAGAUGGACACGGCUAUCCUGUUUCCGUCUCAGGAGUAAUAACAGUACCAGUAUCUGCUAGUAUGUAUCAAACUAUGGUUGCCAAUAUUCAAAGUGAUGGUACAAUGCAAGUAGUCACACCAAUGGUUCAAGUCCCAAAGGUUGAGCCCGGAAAUGGAGAAACUAGCAUUGAAGCUGUCACUAUUCAAGGGCAUCCUAUGACAAUGAUAAACGCUGCAGGUGAACAUCAAGUUCUUCAAGUGAUAUCAUUAAAAGAUGCUAAUGUUCUUACAAAGGCUAUGCAAGCCGAAGUUGUAAAAGAUGAAGAUAGUCAACAACAACAAACCGUCUCUAGUCCAGAAUAAAGCGUUUUACAUAGUUAAUAUAAAGCUUUUAUGUUAACACCAAAAUGCGACAGGUGCACAUUAGUGGUGUUCAUGAGAGAAAGAGUGAGAGUAUUAGAAAUGAUAUGUGUUAUUAAUAUUAAGGAAAAUGAUUGUGUCUUUUCUGAAUCAUUGUGUAGUGUGUCCUCUUGUUGAGAAACAAUAACGAAUAGCGAAUAUGUUUGAAGAGUGAAAAUGAUUGAAUGUUUGAUGAUUCAUGAGACUUGAAUGUAAUCAUAUUUGUAUUCAAGAUUCAUUGUAGACACUUAGAAAUAUCACUUGUAAUUCAAUUUCUCAAAGAUAGUACUAAUUUUUAGAAAGUACUGCGUUCGAUGAAAAAAAACCGUUGAAUAUGCAAGUUUCAUCGAUAUAUUUAUAAUGACAGUAUCCGCCGUCUGGAUAUUUAAUAUUUCCAAUAAGCAAACACGGAUACAAAUAUUUUCGUCUAGUCUUAGUGUCGGGUCUUUAAGAAUGAUCGAUAUACCAAAGAAAUUAAAAUUUGUUUUAAAUUAUUUAUAAAAAAAA